AUAAUAAAUAGUCAAUAAGUCUAGACUCUAGAUCUAGAUCUAAUUGACCAAUAGGACUUUAUUGUCUUUAUUUAAUUUAUUAUGAAAAAAACAUGUCUUUGAGUCAUGAGUUUGAGUUGACUAUGUAUUCAUCUCGUAUUGUAAUGAAUAGCCACUACUAAAUUAGUAACCAAGAACGAGUUUAAAAAAGUAACUUAACUUUAACUGUAAGUUAGACUAAAGUUACUAGCUGCACUGUGACUAGAGUACUAUUACCCCUAUAGUCAUAGUCCUAUUAUGACCUAUAGUGAGUAUAGUCUAUAGUAUAGUGACAUUAUAGUCACAGUCACAGUGACUUAUCACAGUCACACUUUGAACUUUGACGACUUUGUUGUGUGAUAUUCAGAACAUUAGCGGGCCUACCAAGUCUAAACAAAAUUAUGGAUAGACUACUGAGCCACCAAGACAGCAUUUCAGCCGAAACCAGUAGCCAGGGUGUCCGCGACAACUAUGGCUCCACCUCAGGGCAGGAGUCAGCCAAAGUCAGAGCAGCCAGGCUGUCAAGUGUCACUCACGGCUCCAGCAUACUCUCAUUCCAUGACAUCAACUAUGAAGUAGAUGUGAAGAAAUCAGCCUGCGGCAAAAAAGUCAAGAAACAAAUCUUAAAAGAUGUUAAUGGCAUUUUUCGACCAGGUAUGAAUGCAAUUCUUGGUCCAACUGGCAGUGGCAAGUCUUCGCUCUUGGAUGUUUUAGCUGGCAGGAAAGAUCCAAAAGGUUUGACAGGAACUAUUUUGUUAGAUGGAGCCCCACUUCCUGAUAACUUUAAAUGCCUCGUGGGAUAUGUUGUACAGGACGAUGUUGUAAUGGGCACUUUAACAAUACGUGAAAACUUUGAAUUCUCGGCUACACUUCGUCUUCCUUCAAAUAUUAAAAAACAUGAACGGAAAGAGAGAAUUGACCAGGUCAUAUAUGAACUUGGAUUAACAGAAGUGGCAGACUCAAAGGUUGGAACUGAAUUUAUACGAGGUGUAUCUGGAGGGGAAAGAAAACGUUGUAACAUAGGCAUGGAGUUGAUUAUCUCCCCUCCUGUCCUGUUCUUAGAUGAGCCAACCACAGGGCUUGAUGCCAGCACUGCCAAUGCAGUCAUGUUGCUGUUAAAAAGAUUGGCAGAUCGAGGACGUAACAUCAUCUUCUCCAUCCACCAGCCUCGUUACUCCAUUUACAGACUUUUUGAUUCUUUAAUGCUGCUAUCUCACGGGGAUGUUGCCUACCAUGGAAAAGCUUGUGAGGCUCUGGACUACUUUGCGUCAGUGGGUUACAUUUGUGAAGAGCACAACAAUCCACCAGACUUUUUCCUGGACGUCAUCAAUGGAGACUCUACUGCUGUGUCCUCAACUCAAGCUGCAGAAGCUAAUGGCACUGUUGGAGACUCCAACCAAACUGAGAAGAAAACUAGUGCCUCUGGUGCAGCUGAAGAUGCUAUAGUUACUGUUGAAGAAUCAAGUCGGUCUCUUCGUGACUUGUUUAGAAAUUCAAAAUGGCACACAUCAGUACAAAAUGAGUUGAAACCUAUAAUAGAUGCACACAAACAAUUCAGCAAUAAUGUUCGCAUAAAAAGGACCAAAAUCGAAUAUAAUACUUCAUUCUUUACCCAGCUACUAACAGUGUCUAAAAGAUGCAUAAAAAAUAUUUCUAGAAAUCCACAUGUUUCCAUUAUGCAGUUUGUGGUCAUUGCCAUCUUUGCAUUGAUUGUUGGUGGUGUGUACUUCCAAAUCAACAAGUCAAAAGAAUCUGGAAUACAAAACAGAGCUGGUGCCUUUUUCUUCAUCAUCAUGAACCAAGUGUUUGGCAACAUGUCUGCAGUGGAACUCUUCAUCAAGGAAAGAGCAAUAUUUAUUCAUGAGAAUGUUGGUGGAUUUUAUCGUGUCUCUGCUUAUUUCCUUGCCAAAGUUUUCUGUGAUGUCAUACCACUCAGGUUGAUUCCAGCUGCCAUUUUCUCCUGUAUUAGUUACUUUAUGCUGGGCCUGAGAAGUGGUGUGGACCAUUUUUUCUUCUUUGCCUUAAAUCUGUUCCUGACAGCCAUGUCUGCAUCAGCCCUUUCCUUUGCUAUCAGUUCAACCGUCAGGAUAUUUGCUUUGGCCAACUUGUGUCUGGCUCUCUGUUAUGUCUUUAUGAUGUUAUUCAGUGGACUCUUGAUCAAUGUUGGUGACCUUGGUGAUUGGAUCAGUUGGAUUAAAUACUUGAGUGUGUUCAGAUAUAGUUUAAAUGCUCUAGAGAUCAAUGAACUGAAAGGUCAAAAGUUCUGCUCCAGUGCCAAUUCCACAGACUGUAUAUAUGGCGAGGUCUACCUCGAACUACAAAAGAUUUCAUAUGAGUCUCCAUGGGACUUGUGGCAAAAUGAGGCGGCACUUGGAAUUAUGAUAGCUGGCUAUUUGAUACUGGCUUAUAUACAGCUGAGAAGAAUUAAAAAGCUUAAAUAGAAGACAAUAAAUGCUGCUGACUGCUUUAUUUAUAGAUUGCAUUAAAGCCAAACAAAACAUUUUUUAACAAUGAUAUUACUAUGGUAACAUAACAAUGUAACAUUAUUAUUCUCUUAAGUGCAACUUUUUAAAAUGAGAAUUUAUUGGUCUAUUUGAUUGAGAUAUUUAUCUGAUAUUUUUAUUGUGAUCCACUUUGAACCUAAUGGGUUCAAGUUGUUUGGGCCAGUGCAACACUCCAUAUUUUUGUUGCAGUAUUUAUUUUUCAAUACAAUUUUUAGAAUCUAAUCAAACAUUCCCAUAAUAUUUUUUAAAAGAACAGGGACAUCGUAUGCUAAACUAAAGUGCAACUGCUCUAGAAAUUUGUUGAGGUACCAAUUAGCUGCAUAAGAAGCUAGGAAACAUAAUUUUUGGUGCUGGAAAAUAGUACAUUUUUGUUAGUGGAUAUCAGCCUGGAAAUUAUGACUUCUUUGAAAAAAAAGAAAAAAGAUACUUUCAAAACUUUGUCACAGCCUUACACUUUUUUUUGCCCUGUGUUAUGGUUGCACCUACACAUACAUUGUGAAGGUGCGUAAUGAAUGGUUGGGUUUUUACUAAGUAUCACAAAAUUUGGAUGUAAAUCUAGUCGAAAAAUAAUGUUUCAAGAGAAAUGUAUUUGAUUCUAAAAUAUUUUUAUGCUCCUCUGUAUCUAUCUGUUAUUCCAUAUCUAGUUUCACAUUUUUACGAGAGAGUUUUAUAACUUUGUGCUUCUGUUCAUGUUGAGACGCAGUUAUUUUCUAACUAUUGAGGAAGUCUAGAAGUUGGUUGCUUUAUUUAGAUUUUUCAAUUCGCCUUAUAGUAUAUCAAUUAUUUCAUUUUGAAAUGUACACAGAAUGUUGAUGAUUGACUCUUGUCUACUGUCUCAAAUAUGGAUUCUCAAGUUUUGUUAUUAUCUGUUGCUCUUAUGUCUACACAUUGUUUCAUUAUUCAUACAGUUGUAGGAUGUGUAGUAUCACUGGGGGGGGGGGAGAGAUAACCUUCCAAUGUGUUCUUAUAAAAACCAACCAUUGCAUUCAUUUCUCAUUACAGUGGAUUCAUCUGGGCACAUUAAUUGUCUUUUGAGACUUAUGUCAUUGAAAACACUUUAUUGGCUGAUAUUGCAUUGCAACAAGCUUGUAAACUUUUCUUUUUAAGUGGCUUUAUCACAGAGGAAAACAAACGAACAAACUGUCAUGCUUUGUGGCUAUUUCAAUAUUAACAGAGAUAACUAGAUGUCUUUUCAAAUUUCUGGAUCUUGUAAUGCAGCGACCUUAAAUUACCCCUCCGACCUCAAGUUAUUCACUUGUGAUGAAUCUUUGUAAGGAAUGGAUACAAAUAUUUCCAAUGAUGCUUCAGAUAAAACCCAAGAGGCUAGUUUACUUUUUUAUGUGAAACAUUUUUUUUUACUGUAUGUCUCAAAAAUUAUUUGUAAAUGAAAUAAUUUUAAAUCUAUAUUAGAUCAAUAUACAACACUAUAUUUAUCUUCAGACCUGGUGUCCAUUUUUUUUUUUAAAGUUAUUAUUUUUUUAGACAGAAUAUCUGAGCACACAAGAAGCUGAUCAUUUUGACUUUAUGUUACAUGACCAGACAUUGGCUAAAGAUAAUUUGAAAGAAGAGAAAAAAACAGAUAAAAAUAUAUACAAUGUCAUCUUUUAAGAUUUUUUUUUUAACAUUCUGGGAGCAUUUAAAAUCUUACAAAUUGUUUGGGCUCAGGAGUGAUGUAAACACAUAAUUGUUUUCAGGCUUGUUGGGUAGUGUCAGAAGUUUUGUAGUCAUGUCUGGUCUGUGUUUAGACUUCACAUCUUGUCCACUGAGUAUGGACUCCAUGUCUUGUCCACUCAGUGACUCCAUGUCAUGUCCACUCAGUUUGGACUCCAUGUCAUGUCCACUCAGUAUGGACUCCAUGUCAUGUCCACUCAGUAUGGACUCCAUGUCAUGUCCACUCAGUGACUCCAUGUCAUGUCCACUCAGUAUGGACUCCAUGUCAUGUCCACUCAGCUUGGACUCCAUGUCAUGUCCACUCAGUUUUGACUCCAUGUCAUGUCCACUCAGUUUUGACUCCAUGUCAUGUCCACUCAGUUUUGACUCCAUGUCAUGUCCACUCAGUAUGGACUCCAUGUCAUGUCCACUCAGUUUUGACUCCAUGUCAUGUCCACUCAGUAUGGACUCCAUGUCAUGUCCACUCAGUAUGGACUCCAUGUCUUGUCGAUUCAGUUUUGAUCUCGUGUCAGGUCCAGUCAGUGUUGACUCCAUGUCAUGUAGACUCUGCUUUUAUUUCAUGUCUUGUCUACUUAGUAUUGACUUCAUGUCCUGUUGAUUCAGUUUUGAACUGGUGUCAAGUCCAGUCAAUAUUGACUCGAUGCUAUGUUUUGAUUUCAGGCAAUGUCCAAUUAGUUUUGAUUUCCUGUUAGUUUUGGUAACGACUGAGCAAUAUGAUCAAAAACACUGAAAGUUUCUUGUUUGUUUUUUUUAAAUUAGUGAGUUAAUAUUUGUUUCGUACUGAUUAUAAAACACAUUUUUAAGUAUUGAAGAUCAGCAUUCAGGAAUAUUUUAUCAUCAUUUGCAAGUUACCAUUUCACACACCCAAUCAGCCUCCUCAUAAAACAUUUUAUUCCAGACUUCUCUCUCAUGUUUAAUUAUUCUCAACUAUUUUUUGUUGAGUUGAAACAUACCCACAUACACAUACCCACACACACACACCUACAGGUGUGUUCUCUAUAUAAGCACUUACAAGACUUGUACUUUCUGUUUGCGCAUAAUUCUGUCAUUGAGUUGUGUAACUAGCAAGUAAUUUGUAAGACUUUUCUAGUCUACCCCUUGUAAACAGAGAAUUAAUGUUGAGAACUAUGUUGUCAGUGUAUACAGGGUAUUAGUAAUGGCAGAAGUACUUAUAUAAAUACACUCAGUAUUAUUUCCUUGUAUUGUACCAAUCUGUUACUGUGUAGAACCCAGGACUGCAGAUGAUUUAUUUCAGCCUGUUGAAGUUUUCUUUGAGGAUUUUGUUACCAGAAUGUUAAUAUAUGCAAAUAUGUUUGGAUGCAAGCUGUAACCCAAUAAAAUGUCUACCAAAGAAAUUGGUGUUCAAUUUAAUG